AUGUUAAAUAUCUGGAGACAUUAUAUUGGUGUAUUUGAGUGUAGUGAGCGAAGGCUUCCCGACCAGGUGAGGGCAAGUUAACUACUUGCUUUCUGACCUAGAACUGUAAGAACUGAGGAGGAAAAUUGAUCGAUGUGGUGCAUCGAAUGAGUAAAUGACAGCAGUUAUUCCAGAGAAUCAUGCAGACAUUACAGAUUACUACAGCUCUUUACAAUUUGAGUUUGAAGAUGCUCAACAAAGUGAGAAUGAAAACAGAAUUGCCGAAUCUAACAGGUCAAAAAUGCAUAUGGAAGGACUAGAUGAUUAGUACAUCAGUCUGGCACUUGAAAUACUGGAAGAAUUUGAACAGGGGAGUAAUACAAAACCAUACAACUUGCGUAGGCUACACGGACGAAAAGUGAAGCAGAAAGUUCAGGAGGUAAAUGUAGAUAAGGUUUCGAGUCAUAUUACAACAAAUGAUAUUACUGAAACAAACAUUCUGAAAAGCGCAGCUGCGUUUGUUGUUGGGAGAUCGUUGGGCGUAAAGAAAGGAAGAACAAAGGGCGCGCGGAAAGAACCCUCAUGGAAACAAAGGCAAAAGAAACAGAUUGAUGAACUCAGAAAAGACAUUAGCAGGCUGAAUUGUAUCUUAAGGAGGGAACCUAUUAAGCGGAGAGUUCAAGUAACACUAGAACAUAAGUAUAAGACCAAGGGAAAGAGCUUCCAAGUUAUCUUAGAAGAGUUAAAGCAAAGAGUUACUAAAAAAGCUGCAAAGAGAAGGCGAUAUGAAAAUAGGGUAAAAAGGCAGAACAGCCUGUUUGACAGUGCAGUGAUCAAAGGCGUUUGUUUGAGGAGCUUGACGGAAAAGUUAGAGGAAAAGACCCCGCACCAGGCGCCAAUGAAAGUGUAA